UUUUAUUCCCUUUUCAGGCAGACGAAAUGGCAGACGAGGGUCCAGUCCAGAACCUCUGCGAGGAAACGACAUGCUCCAUCUGCCUGGAGUAUUUCACAGAUCCAGUGACCAUAGACUGUGGCCACAAUUUCUGCCAAACCUGCAUCACCGAGGCUUGGAGAAAAUCGGACCCAGAUGCUUCUUGCCCUCAGUGCAGGGAACCUUGCCAGCAAAGGAAUUUCAGGCCCAACCGGCAACUGGCGAGCAUUGUGGAAAUAGCCAAGAAAUUCAGCCUUCAGAUGGCCAAAGGGGCGGAAGCGCUGGGAAGGGUUUGCGAGAGACACAAGGAGCCCCUGAAACUCUUCUGCGAAGAUGACCAAGCCCCCAUCUGUGUGGUGUGUGACAAAUCCAAGGAUCACAUGGAGCACAAAGUGAUCCCAAAGGAGGAGGCCUUUGAGGAGUAUCAGGGUAAAAUCCUGCGUCAUUUGGAGUUCCUGAACAAACAGAGAGAAGAAAUUCUGUCUUCUCAACUGAAGGGGGAGACCGCAGGCCAGAAUCUGCUGAAGCAGACAGACAUGGAGAGGCAGAAAAUCGUGGCUGAUUUCAAGCAGUUGCACCAGUUUCUGGAAGAACAAGAGCGCCUCCUGUUGGCUCAGUUGAAGGAACUGGACGAUGGGAUUAAAAACUGUAGGAAUCAAUAUAUUGCCAAACUCUGUGAGGAAAUGGCCUCCCUUGACAAACUGAUCAGGCAGCUGGAGGAGAAACAGAAGCAGCCAGUGACUGAAUUCUUGCAGAAUAUGAGAAGCAUCCUGGAAAGGUAUGUGGCUUUGUUAUUAAUAUGAAUAUGAAUAAUAUUAAUUUCAUUCCUCGGAGGU